AUCCGCGUUGACACUGGAAGUGUGGUAGCGGGUGCUCGUCCAAUGAAAUUAAUUUAAAUACAUUGUAAAUGUGCAUAAUACGCACAUAAUACGUGUAUGUGCACGCAAGGAGCACGUAUUUCUAAAUACCCAGAAAACGAGGCUCGGUGGGUUCAAGUGAUAAGAAGAUUCUGUGCUGUGUUUGACACACGUGAAAAAAUAGGCGCUGAAAAGAAAAUCCCUAGGCCCACAGUUAGCUUCGAGUCAUACGACAUAUACACUGUUAUCAUCCCACCCUUACGCUCAGCCACACACUCCACCACCCGCCGCACUCAACAGAAAGUAAAAAUGCCGCUACUUGUCUACAAGGAAAGUCACAUUCUCAGCGCCCAGCAGCUGCGAAAUCUUAGCGAACACAAAUACUCAUGCUUCAGCGCAAGCCUUCUGGAUCCUUUGCUGCAGCCAUGGUGGAACUGGCUGGUUGGCCAAACACCACUUUGGCUUGCGCCGAAUCUAAUUACAAUUGUCGGUCUCAUCCUCAAUAUUGUGACAACAUUGAUAUUAAUUUGCUACAGUCCAAAUGGCGUUGAGGCCCCACCACGUUGGACCUGUGCGCUAUGCGCCCUGGGACUGUUUGUCUACCAGAGCCUGGACUCGAUUGACGGCAAACAGGCGCGUCGCACGAACACAUCAACGCCGCUGGGGGAGCUGUUUGAUCAUGGCUGUGACUCGAUAUCGACUGUGUUCGUGGCGCUCUCGGCCUGUAUCUCUUGCCAACUGGGGCACUAUCCCAAUUGGCUCUUCUUUCAGUGCUUCUGUGCCAUUGCCUUGUUCUACUGCGCCCACUGGCAGACAUAUGUGUCUGGAACGAUGCGCUUCGGACGCAUCGACGUGACGGAGGCACAGUUCUCGAUUAUAGCCAUUCAUCUGGUGUCGGCGAUCCUGGGUCCUGAGUUCUGGCUGACCAAGAUACCAAUCGUGGGCGUUUCAUGGAAUUACACAAUAUUAGUAUUUAUUACAUUCGGUUAUACCUUGAAUAUAAUCAAUUUCCGAAAAAUGUUUACUCAAGGCGGCAUUGGCAAAAACGGCUCCUCAGUUGCUGGCACCAGUGUACUGUCCCCCAGCAUACCGCUUACGCUGGUGGUGCUACCAGCUCUGAUUAUUGCCCAGAAAUCGCCGGAGAACCUAUUCACCGAGCAUGCAUCGGUGUACAUAAUGGCCUUUGGAAUGGUGGCAGCUAAAAUAACCAACAAGCUGGUGAUUGCACAUAUGACAAAGUCGGAGAUGGAAUAUCUGGACUGGUCGCUACUCGGUCCCUCGCUGCUGUUCCUCAAUCAAUACUUUAACUGCAUUGUGCCAGAGAUCUGGCUGCUCUGGUUCAUGCUCAUCUGGGGGACACAGGACCUGCUGCGCUACUGCUCGCAGGUGUGCCUAGAGAUCUGCCAGCAUCUGCGUAUCAAUCUGUUCAGGAUACCCUAUAACCCAAAGGCUGGUGUACCACAUCCGGCGACCGCUUCGGUCAGCAGUCAAAGCAACUUGGGCAGCAGUGCCGACAAAAAUGGCGGCACUUCGCAUCGAAAGUACAAGACCAAACCUCAUUAAGCGCCCUUAAUCCUGGUCGAAGAAGGGCUCUGCUCUGCUCUGGGCUGCAACCGAAGCCGCAACGGACACGGUUUCCCAUUAAAUUAAUUAGUUUCCUUUUAUAAUUUUAUGUCGUUAGAGUUGGCUGAUAGAGGAGAAGGAAGGAGAAUGUGGAGAAUGAGUAGGAAACGAGGAGAGGAGAAAUUAAUACAAACCGUGUAAACGCAACCCAACAAAAUUUACCGUCAGUGUUUAAAGAAAAAGAAACCAAAAAGGAACGAAGAAUUAGGAACGAGAUAGCAAAAAGGCAAAGCAAAAAUGUUGCUCUUAAGUUUUAAGAAACAGUUUACAAUUAUAUCAAUUAUAUAUGGCUAAAUAUAUAUUUUCUAUAAU